AUGGCAUUGGGGGUAUUAGACGACAAUAAGCUUGCAGAAGUUCCAGGAACAUCUCUCUUGGAUAAAGGGAGAAUUGAUGAACUUGAUACACGAAUCUUGAAUUUGAAGACGAAGCAUGGGGUGGUUCUUGUGCCUCAGCCGAGUGACAAUGUGAAUGAUCCAUACAACUGGCUUGGGCCGAUAAUCAGCCCCGGUUUGCUGGUUGCUUCUAAGAGAUAUCAUGUAUCACUGGAUCAAGUUUCAACAUUUCUAAUUGGCGUCCUGAUCCUGUCCAUCGGAUCAGGUACUUUCUUCACCGCGGCAGCAGCAACUAUCUGGGGCAAACGCCCGGACGAUGUCGCCAAUUUCGUGGAGCUAAUAUCAUAUUUCAAGUCCUUCGAAUCGCUGUGGAUCAUGCGAAUUGUGCAAGGGAUAUCAGCUGCCCCUUUGGAAACCCUUGUGACAUCCACUGUAUCCGAUAUAUUCUUUGUUCACGAGCGAGGGCAGAAGCUCGCCAUAUGGGGUAUAGCAAUUACGUCUGGUGUCAUACUUAGGACAAUACUAAGCAACAAGUUCAGUCAAGUUGUGUCUGGUUAUAUCAUUCAGAAUCUCGGCCUAUUGACCCCCUUUGGCAUCACAGCAUUAGUACUAUGCUUACUGCUUCCCGCAAUCUUUUUCCUUGUUCCCGAAACUGCGGAUGUGCUACAUAAAUCUGGACAAACCAAUGAGAAACUAACCACUGCACACGGUGGUAAAAAUGCACCCAAGAGGACAUAUAGCGAGGAAUUGAGGGUAUUCAAUGGUCGGAUAUCGGAUAAAAGUUUCUGGGCGCUAGCAGCGAAACCUUUACCCCUGAUUACAUUCCCAGCUGUCAUCUUUAGCACGUUUAUCCAUGGUAGCUUUCUGACAUGGCUCGUGGUAUUCGCCAUUCUGUCCACAAAUGUGUUCACAGGCCCUCAAUAUGGACUCACACCCUCUCAAAUCGGCCUGAUAAACCUUCCCUUGCUUGGUGUCUGUCUUCUUGGGACUCCACUUUCCGGGGCCAUUGCUGACUGGCUCGUGUGCCUCAUGGCACGGCGAAAUAACGGUAUCUAUGAACCCGAGUUCCGCUUGCUCCUAAUGAUUCCCGCAACGAUAUUCUCGACCGCCGGAUUUAUAGGAUAUGGGCUUAGCAUCGACCGCGGCGCCGCUGUCGCAGUCCCAGUCACCUUUAUGGCACUACACUCGCUAUCCAUCCCUUUUGCCACCUCGGCCAGCUUCACAUACGUGAUUGACUGCCACCCGAAAGACGCCAACCAGGCCUUUGUAACGAUCAAUUUUGCCAAGGCUGUGUUUAUAUUUAUUGCCAGUAUGUUUGUCAAUGGGUGGUACUCGGCACGGGGGCCAAGGGUGGUUUUCACCUGGAUUACCGGGCUUAAUUUAGCGUUUAGCAUGAUGACGAUUCCGAUAUUGCGCGGAGUUCCACUCUUAACAAACUUUGAGGUAAAUACGUAUAUAUCCACGAUACGCAAAAUUGGCUGCGAAUAG